AUGGCAAAAAUAAGAAAUCAAUUUGAAUCUCAACUCCGAGAGAAACUUGAGCAGAAAUCAACAGCCUUUGUUUCAGAAGAAACUGUAUUAAUCAGAGCUUUCAAAUAUUUUGAUCUUGAUAAUACAGAAACAGUUAGCUUAGAUGAAUGGAAAAAAGCAAUAGAAAAAAUUGGCAUCAUUGUACAAGACCCAGAACAGAUCAUUGAGCUUUUCAAUAUAUAUGAUGCUGAUGGCUCUGGAGCUCUAGAUUAUAAAGAAUUUGCAGCCUCGGUAUUUGGACCUGACAGUGCAACUGGCCGAGCACUAGGCCAAAGCAGUUAUAGCAACGCUGCACAGCUAGAAGCUGAACAAGCUUUAGAAAAACUCAGACAAAGGCUAGUAGCAAGAGGUUCUAGAGGCAUUUUAGGUCUAGCCCGUCAGUUUAGAAUAAUAGAUGACAAUAAUUCCAAAACCCUUGAAUAUGAAGAAUUUUCUAAAGCAAUCCGAGACUUCCGAGUCGAGCUUAAUGACGCUGAACUUCAAGCAAGCUUUAACUAUAUUGACAGAGACAGAUCAGGCUGCAUCGAUUAUGAUGAGUUUUUAAGAGCAGUCCGUGGCCCUAUGAACUCAUUUAGAGUAAAUCUAGUUAAAAAAGCUUUUAAUAAGCUUGAUAGGGAUGGAUCAGGGAUUAUUGAUAUAGACGACGUCAGAAAUGUGUACAACGCCAAAGGCCACCCUGAUGUAAAAAGUGGCAAAAAAACUGAGGACGAAAUUUUAGGUGAAUUUUUAGAAACUUUUGAAAUGCAUCAUAAUAUUGAUGGGAUUAGAGACCAAAGGGUAACCCAAGAAGAAUUUUUGGAAUAUUAUAACAAUAUUUCAGCAAGUAUAGACAAUGAUCAAUAUUUUGAGCUCAUGAUGAAUAAUACUUGGAAAUUAGCAGAAGCCCCAGAAUAUACCAAAAAUAAAUCAUGGUCCAAUGUACAAGAUGAAGCUCCAAAGCGGGCUCCUUUAAAAGUCUCUAAUAGCGCACCAAGACAAGAAGACUCAGCUCCUGCAAAGGUUUCAAAGCCUUCAUUUAAUCCGACUCCAUCAUUAUCAAAAAGUGCAGAAAUUUUAUUUGAGAGGUUUCGCAAUGCUUUGGCUACUAGAGGAGCUCGAGGAAUUAUAGGGAUACAGAGACAGUUUAAGAUAAUGGAUGAUGAUAAUUCUCAUAGUUUGUCUCUAUAUGAGUUCAAAAAGGCAUGCAAAGAUUUCAGGGUUGAUAUAGCUGAAGAUGAUAUAGAAAAACUAUUCAGCAAUCUUGAUAAAGAUAAAAGCGGCUCAGUUGACUAUGACGAACUUAUCGUCGGCAUCCGCGGCCCUCUAAACAGCUUCCGUAAAGGAAUUGUUGCUCAAGCCUGGAUGAAGCUUGACCGAGACCGAAGCGGGAUCAUUGACAUUGACGACAUCAGAGGAGUCUAUGACGCAAGCCGACACCCUGAUGUCAGAUCAGGCAAGAAAUCUGAAGACGAAGUCUUAGGAGAAUUUAUAGAAACCUUUGAAACCCACCACAAUAUAAGUGACUUAUCACAAAGAGAUCGAAGAGUGACCCAGGAAGAAUUUGAAGAAUACUACACAAAUAUUUCAGCUAGCAUUGAUGAUGACAGAUAUUUUGAACUUAUGAUGAAUAAUGCUUGGAAAUUACAUGGGGAUGGACCUAAAAGAGACGUGUGGGCUGGAAAAUUCUCUGCGAGGGAUUUUUCACCUAAUAGUAAACAGCAUUAUAAUGCGACUCAUCAUCCUAGUACUGUGGGAGGAACUGUGGCGAGCACUGCACCAUUUGGGACUAGUGAUGAACCUGUUGAUUAUUCAACAAGUUUGAGGCCGAAUAGAGAUGUGGAUUUGUCGGCUGGGAUGAGUAUGCAAGCUGCAGGGAUACCAAGCUGGCCUGGACAGCCUCAGGUUUAUACGACUGAACGCCAAGCUUCUUCGUCAUCUCCUACUAAAAGAUCGAUAAACCAGCUUUUUGAUCUUUUAAAGGAAAAAUUAUUCCGAAAAAUCAUGAUAAUUUUUGGCAUUUUUGUAGAUUAAUCCCUUUUUUAUUACAAAAAAUAGACUAUUAUUAGGAAUAUUUAGAUAAUUAUUUAUAAGCCAAAGUAUAGCAUCUCGUGGAGCUCGAGGCUUUGUAGGCCUUGCUCGUCAGUUUAAAAUCAUGGACGACGAUGGCAGCAAAAAUUUAGAUUUCAAUGAAUUUAAAAAAGCAUUAAAAGACUACAGACUAGAUUUAGGAGAUGAAGAUACAAGAAGAUUAUUCAAUUAUAUAGAUGUCGAUAGAAGUGGGUCUAUUGAUUAUGAAGAAUUUAUUCAUAGAUUGCGUGGAGAACUUAAUGAUGUUAGGAAACAGUUAAUUAUACAAGCUUAUAAUAAGCUUGAUAGGAAUGGAAAUGGAAUUGUAGACUUACUUCUUUGAUUAUCAACAAACAUGGUUUUUAUUUUUUUAAGCAUUAAAAAUAGUUAUUAAAAUAACCAAAAUAAUAGAAUAAAAUUAUUUAGAAAAACAAAUUAAUUUUUAUUAGAGGGAAAUUAGAAGAUCUUAAAGGAGUUUACAAAGCAGAUUCACAUCCUGACGUGAGAACUGGGAAGAAGACUGAAGAUGAAGUUUUAUGCGAAUUUUUAGAUACUUUUGAAACUCAUCAUGCCCUCUACAAAGAAGACACCCGUGACCAUAGAGUUACUGUUGAAGAAUUCUUACUUCCCUCUCCGUGAUCGAUCAAAAUAUUUUGUUCGCUAACGGACAGGGGGUAAUUGGUUUUAUAGUAAAUUUUUUUUAGAAAUUUAAAUCCCAAACGAAAAUUAAUUUAAUUUGCUAAAUUUAUGUUAUGAAAUGCAAACUUUUAAAAUUUAGCAGAUCUAGCUAGAGAUUUUAUUAUACUAAUAAUCACUUAUAUAUCAAAAUAUUUUAUUCGCUCACGGAGGGGGUUUUUGACCAAAAAAGGAAUUUUCUAAUCUUUUUUUUUCGCCCAUAGGGGAGUUAGAGUAUUAUUCCCACGUUUCUGCAUCUAUAGACGAUGACCGCUAUUUUGAGCUUAUGAUGAAAAACUCCUGGAACUUUGAAAACAAAUCUUACCAAAAAGGCUGGGGAGGGGAUUAUACAGAACCUGCCCAGCGUCGUAGAUAA